UCUUUUUCUCCACCCUUUUGUUUUUUAAUAUCCUCUGGUUGGUUUAGGAAAGCUCCCAAGAAGAAUCCCACCGACGAUUUCCUCUAUAACUCAACAACUCUCCCUCUCUAGGUGGCUCUGAAAUUUUUCUCAAUGGGAAACUGCUUGUUUGGAGGUCUGGGAGAGGCAGGUGGAGUAGUCCAAGUGACGACGUCCAACGGCGGCAUCAUGGAGUUUUACACGCCCAUUACAGUGAGCUCCAUCACCGACGAGUUUCCGAGCCAUGGUAUUUUCAGAAGCCAUGAUCUCUUCUGGAAACCGCUCGCUAACAGCGAAGAACUUGUGGCAGGCCAAUCAUAUUAUUUGCUCCCACUCAACAGCCAAAGCGAUCACUUGGGCAGUAGUAGUACUAGUACUGGGCAGAUUGUGCGUCAAGGCCAUGUCAGAUCUAACAGCAUACCCUUACCUACUUUGCUCGCCGGAGCACCGUACCGAAUGUCGCUUGAUUACCAGGGAAUGGUGAAGAGGUCCUACACCGAAGCGUUUUCGAGGUACAACAAUGUGAGCUUUUGGAAGGUGAAGCUGGUAAUUAGCCCGGAACAGCUUUUGGAGAUAUUAUCGCAGGAGGGUCGGACGCAGGAGUUGAUUGAGAGCGUGAGAACGGUGGCAAAAUGUGGGAGUGGUUCGGUCUCAGCUGCCGUGGGAUUUUCGGAUCAGUGGAGUCUUUCCAGUAGUAGUAGGAAUGCUUCUUCUACUUCUAAGAAAGAUUUUGGAUUGGUAGACAUUUAAUAAGCAGGAGUUAUAGCGUCUGAUCUUUUUUUGAGUUUUGUCUAAUUCGUCUUAUAUGAAAUAUAUAGUGUGUCACUACUCAAUUUACUCAUAGUCUUGUAUCCUAAGUUGUUAAUGAGGAUGUGCCAUAUUUGUAGCAUAAUAUGAUUGUG